GGUUAAAAGUUCUUGUUUUUUGAAAGAUAAAAUCCAUUGCCCGUAACUACACAACAGCAACAGCCAUCCAUCACAUCAUCACGUUUGGUUGGACUUGGACGUUUUCCCAGAACACCUUGUAGUCCAUUGAUUUCCAUCCUUUUAGUCAUCAAACAUGCCAGCAAUUGUGAAAGUUAAAGUGAUCGAAGCAAAGGAACUACCAAUAAUGGACAGGGCAAGUGAUUUAACUGAUGCCUUUGUUGAGAUACGUCUUGGCAGUUUAACAUAUAAAACUGAUGUUUACAGGAAAUCAUUAAAUCCGCUAUGGGAUUCAGAAUGGUUUAAGUUUGAAGUGGAUGAUGAAGAGAUACAAGAAGAAUAUUUACAACUAAAAGUUUUAGACUAUGAUGUUUAUUCUUCACAUGAUGCCAUAGGAAAGGUAAACAUUAAUUUGGACCUUCUUACUACUAAAGAUGGUACUAAUGAAUUGGGUGGAUUCUUCCCAAUCUAUGACACUCUUCACGGAAUUCGUGGUUACAUCAAGAUCAAAGUUAGAGUGCAAUUCUUUUCUGACACUAACAAAUAUCGUCAAACAUCAUGUGGUAUCCAGUUUUUUUCCUCAUCUGGUGUACCAUCUGGUUAUACAACUUCGUGUAUUCAUGGUCUUGUAGAUGAGCUCUUAGUUGAUGAUGAUCCUGAGUACCAGUGGAUUGAUAAAAUACGUACACCAAGAGCAUCCAAUGAGGCAAGACAAAGAUUGUUUACAAAACUUGCAGGUGAAGUGAAAAGAAAAAUUGGGUUGCAAGUGCUGGAGUUAGGUGGCAAUGCUGUUAUAGGGUAUCAACAGAACUUUGAUCUUGAAGGAGAAACUGGUAUUGUUAUUCGAGCAAUUGGAACUUCUGUAACGAUAGUACAAGAGAAUGACUUAAACCCUCUUCACCCACCAGUAGCAAUGCAACCAUCUCCAGACAUACAUCAUGAGCAUGGCAGGCAAUUUUUUGAUGUUCAAAUCAUUCCAAACAUUGUUGGACGUAGCAGGCAUGGAACUUCUCUAUCAGUAGAUCUUGAUCAAAAAGAUAAACUGCUUGGUGAAAGUCCAGAUUCUAACAAAGCUAAUUUUCAAAGAUUGAAAACUGUUGUUGAUGAACAGGAAUAUCCCUUCUUCACAUUCACAACCCCUCCGCCUGACUUUGUACUUCAUCUUGGUGGUAUCGUUUCAUCAAGAUCAGUAAAAUUACUUGAUAAGAUUAAUAACCCAGAUGAGCCAGAAACAAGAGACAGUUGGUGGAAAGAAAUUCGAAAUGAAAUAAAAUCUCAUGCAAAGGCCAUGGGUUGCCAUGCAGUUUUAGGAUACAAAGAAUAUACUACUAUAUGUGACGAUUUGAUAGUUUUAUCUGCAUGUGGUACGGCGGCAGUGUUACAGAUGGAAUCCAACAUGGAAGACCAAGUGUACCCUGAAAUUCAUGAGAGUUGUGUAAACAAAGAUAUUGAAGAUGUUAAUCCAGAUGAAAUGAAGAUCAAGGAUACUAUAAGUCCAGUUAAAAAACACAUAUUAUAUCAAGCUGAAUACAAUACCUCUUCGUUAAAUUCAACUCCAGAAGUGCAGUCUAGCACCCUACCAAGCUGUCAUUUAUGUCAUGUUCCAUAUCAAGAUGUGGAUCUGCCACUUCCAGUCACCCUUAGUAGAUGCAUGUUCUGUCGACAAGAUAAAGUUCCAGAUAUACUGUUUACAACUAUAGACAUUCCUGAUGAACUUCCUGUAACUGGAUCUGGUUGCAUGGUGCAAGCUAGAGUAAUUAGAAGUAAGAAGAAAGAGAAGGAUGAGAUAAAUGCAGAAAAUGUCAGCCAGAUUCUGCCAUUUUUGGAAUUUGACUUACAUCAACAGCUCAUCAAUAAGCUAAAGAUAAAAGGAAUGAAUGCUAUAUUUGGUAUGCAAACAAUUUUGAGUAUAGGCGAUCAAGCCAUCAUAGGUGUAAUGACUGGAACUGCUGUCUACCUGACAGCGCUGCCACAACCACCCAUGCUUUUUAUAUCCGGAAGAAAGGACACUGAUAGUGGGGAACGCGACAAUCUUGCCAUCGCAGACAUUCAAAAGAAGCUUAUUGAAACAACAAAGAAGAAUCAACAAUUUUAUAACAUUAAAGAUAACUACGAUAUUCUGCUUGAUUCGCGGGUGAGAAAAUGCUCUGACGAAUGUGAAAGUGGACAUCAUGACGUAAAGAAUGGAAAACUUGAUUUAUGUGUUGAUGGAAGAGAUACGUACAUAUUAGAGAUAGACGAUCAAAGUGAUACGAACAUCUUGCCUCUACUAUCAGAUACAAAUCAUGAAGGGUUUGCAAUCUUCAACACGCAAGCCACACCUGGUUUUCCUUUGCUGAAACAAGAAUACCAGUAUUUUUCAAUUUUCAACCGAGUUCAAAUUCCAAUGCAAGGAGAAGAAAAUAUCAAGAUUAGUCAGUGGUUGUCAAAUAUAUGUGAAAACCUUGUCAUGGGUAUUCGCCUAAAGACACGAGGUAUGAUGCCAUGUUGUUUGACAAGGACAUCGUUUGAUGUUGAAAUUGAUGACGAUGAUUAUUUGCAGGUAACUAUAAACGCAUGCGCAGUAAAGACAGAGGACAGUUUUAAUAAACCAUUACAAAAGAAAAGGAGUGUUCGAUCUUUAACUUCUUCGCAUUCUUCACAUGAUAAUUCAUUUUGCCGCAAUUCCAAUGCAACACAGAUUUCGAAAACAUCUGAUGAAGUGAACAUGUUUAUAGAAAGCCCGCAAGCGUUCGUUCAAAAGAAAGGGCGACCUGAACCGUUUUUACUACCACUAUCGGCUUCAUGGCCAAGGGGCCAAUUCAACACAAUGCUAAACAAUGCUCUACAAGCUAAAAAGCAACCGUUCCACUCAUCUGUCACUAUCUGCCCAAUGGAUUAUGUGCCCAACGCUCAAAUUGUUUCCUAUCUUGGAAAUAUUAACUUGUUUUUGAUUAGAGAAAGUAGCGCUGUCAAAGAGGAUGGAGGUUUGAAUUUGUUCAUGCAACAAUUUGUGAGUGAGGUUCAUGCUAUCAUUCGUGCUCACGUAAUUGCGUUGGGUGGAAAUGCAAUCCUGUCGUUUUACUUGAAUGAGAUCGUUUUGAAUUAUAACCCACAUAAAAAUCAGGCACAAUGUUUAAUCAACGUAAGUGGCGAUACAGCAAAUGUUAAGCGGAGCACUGAUGAGAUGGAAACAAUUUUUUGUCAGGUUGAAGACGAUUCAAAUUGCAGUUCGAUUAGUUCAUCACCUGCUACACCCCAAGCACCUGAGUUAAUUGAAGAAAUUAAGUAUAAACUCGAUCGCGCGGUGUUUGGAACUAACGUUUAGAGGAAAUAAGGGUUGAAUAAAUUUGUUUUUGAGGUACAACUACUCGAAGCAACUCACAUCAUGCUGAUUUAUAAGCGCACCAUCAUUAAAUCGAUUAUUAUCAUGUGAAACCAAAUUGAACGUGUUAUUAGGCAUCCACUCUGAAAGUGAUAACAGGUCACGUGACUUAUGCUACCUUCAACAUAGAUGAUUUUAACCUACUGGAUCAUUUAUCUCACCGGAAGAUGUGGAAGUCAAAUAAAAACGGUUAAUCGUUUUGUGUGGAAAUUGUUUAAAUAAUUUUCCCAUUCCCAGCAUCGAAAAAUUCUGAAUUAAUGCUGAUAUUAGUACUGCUUUCAAAUUGUGCUGUUACAAAUCCGUAAACAUUUCCUGAUGAAAGGAAGCACAAAGAAAAACCGUUGUGUUUAAAGGAAUUAAAAAAACUAUAAUAUAUUCAAUGUUGAAUUGCACGCUAAAAUUUUUUAUAUGUAUAUAUUUAUGUAAUUUUCUAUUUAUUAAGAAAAUAUUAUAUGAAUCCAAAA